AUGGAUUAUAGAAAAAGAGCUGCAGCAGAAGAGUCUACUGUCACUGGUCCUGGUUCACAGGAGAGCCUGAAGGCUUUUCUUCACAAGAGGUGUCACACAGCCGAGGGAGAACAGCUGGAGCUGGCAUCUGACAGCAAUGCAAGCUUCCUUAGAGCUGCCCGAGCUGGCAAUUUGGACAAAGUGGUGGAAUACCUAAAGGGAGGGAUAGACAUCAAUACAUGUAAUCAGAAUGGACUCAAUGCUCUACACCUGGCUGCCAAAGAAGGCCACGUGGGCUUGGUUCAAGAAUUGCUGGAAAGAGGCUCUGCAGUGGACUCUGCUACAAAGAAAGGCAAUACUGCACUACACAUUGCAUCUUUGGCUGGACAGACUGAAGUGGUCAAGGUUCUGGUUAAGGAAAAAGCCAAUAUUAAUGCACAAUCUCAGAAUGGCUUCACUCCUUUAUACAUGGCAGCUCAAGAAAACCACAUUGAGGUGGUGAAAUACCUUCUGGAAAAUGGAGCCAACCAGAGCACUGCUACUGAGGAUGGUUUCACUCCCCUAGCAGUUGCGCUGCAGCAAGGGCACAAUCAGGCAGUGGCUAUCCUUCUGGAGAACGACACCAAGGGUAAAGUACGGUUGCCCGCAUUGCACAUUGCUGCCAGGAAAGAUGAUACCAAAUCAGCUGCACUUCUGCUUCAGAAUGACCACAAUGCUGAUGUUCAGUCCAAGAUGAUGGUGAAUAGGACUACUGAGAGUGGCUUCACACCUUUGCACAUAGCAGCACACUAUGGAAAUGUUAAUGUCGCAACACUUCUGCUCAAUCGAGGAGCUGUUGUGGAUUUCACAGCAAGGAAUGGAAUCACCCCACUGCAUGUGGCUUCCAAAAGGGGCAACACAAACAUGGUGAAGCUCUUGUUGGAUCGUGGAGGGCAGAUCGAUGCUAAAACCAGGGAUGGUCUGACUCCACUGCAUUGCGCUGCACGAAGUGGACAUGAUCAGGUUGUUGAGCUCCUCCUGGAACGAGGCGCACCGCUGCUUGCAAGGACAAAGAAUGGGCUUUCUCCACUUCACAUGGCUGCCCAAGGUGAUCACGUGGAAUGCGUCAAACAUUUGCUCCAGCACAAAGCUCCUGUUGAUGAUGUGACAUUAGAUUACCUGACUGCCCUCCAUGUUGCUGCACACUGUGGCCACUACCGUGUCACCAAACUCCUGCUGGACAAGAGAGCUAAUCCAAAUGCUCGUGCUCUGAAUGGUUUUACUCCACUGCACAUUGCUUGCAAGAAAAAUCGCAUUAAAGUCAUGGAACUGCUGGUGAAAUAUGGGGCUUCAAUCCAAGCUAUAACAGAGUCUGGCCUCACACCAAUACAUGUGGCUGCAUUUAUGGGCCAUUUGAACAUAGUUCUCCUUCUGCUGCAGAAUGGAGCCUCUCCAGAUGUCACUAACAUUCGGGGGGAGACUGCAUUGCACAUGGCAGCUCGUGCAGGACAAGUGGAAGUGGUCCGCUGUCUCCUAAGAAACGGUGCUCUGGUUGAUGCCCGUGCAAGGGAGGAACAGACUCCGCUGCAUAUUGCCUCUCGUCUGGGUAAAACAGAAAUUGUACAGCUAUUGUUGCAACAUAUGGCACACCCAGAUGCUGCCACUACUAAUGGAUAUACACCCCUGCACAUCUCUGCCCGAGAAGGUCAACUGGAUGUAGCAUCAGUUCUCUUAGAGGCGGGUGCUGCACACUCUUUGGCUACCAAGAAGGGCUUCACACCACUGCAUGUGGCAGCUAAAUAUGGAAGCCUGGAUGUAGCAAAACUCUUGUUGCAGCGCCGUGCAUCUCCUGAUUCAUCUGGAAAGAAUGGCCUGACCCCCCUCCAUGUUGCUGCUCAUUAUGACAACCAGAAGGUGGCGCUACUGUUGUUGGAGAAAGGUUCUUCUCCUCAUGCUACUGCCAAGAAUGGAUAUACUCCUCUGCACAUCGCUGCUAAGAAGAAUCAGAUGCAGAUAGCCACAACCCUACUAGAUUAUGGAGCAGAGACCAAUAUUUUGACCAAACAAGGAGUGACUCCACUUCACCUGGCCUCUCAAGAAGGUCAUGCUGACAUGGUGAACUUGCUUCUGGAAAAAGGAGCCAACAUUCAUGUGGCUACAAAGAGCGGACUUACAUCUUUACAUUUGGCAGCUCAAGAAGAUAAAGUGAAUGUAGCAGAUAUGCUGAUCAAGCAUGGAGGAAACAAAGAUGCUCAGACUAAGCUAGGUUAUACUCCACUGAUUGUAGCUUCUCAUUAUGGGAACAUCAAGAUGGUGAACUUUCUCCUGAAGCAGGGAGCUAAUGUCAAUGCUAAGACAAAGAAUGGAUAUACUCCUCUGCAUCAAGCCGCUCAACAAGGUCAUACUCACAUCAUCAACGUUCUCCUCCAACAUGGGGCCAAACCAAAUGCCAUCACUGCAAAUGGCAACACUGCCUUAGCGAUUGCUAGGCGUCUGGGAUACAUCUCAGUGGUCGAUACACUAAAGGUUGUAACUGAGGAAGUGAUUACCACCACAACGACAAUAACUGAGAAACACAAGCUCAAUGUACCUGAAACUAUGACCGAAGUUUUGGAUGUUUCUGAUGAAGAAGGUGAUGACACUAUGACAGGAGAUGGGGGAGAAUACCUUAGGCCAGAAGACCUGAAAGAACUAGGUGACGACUCUUUGCCCAGCAGCCAGUUCUUAGAUGGUAUGAACUAUCUGAGAUACAGCCUGGAAGGAGGUCGUUCUGACAGUACUAUGCCCAGCCUGCGAUCCUUCAGUUCAGACAGGUCCCAUACGCUGAGCCACACCUCCUACAUGAGGGACAGUACCAUGAUUGAUGACACAAUCGUCAUCCCCAGCCACCAGGUGUCCACACUGGCCAAAGAAGGUGAGAGAACCUCAUAUCGCUUAAGCUGGAGUCCUGACAACCUGGAUAAUGUUACUAUUUCCGCUAGCCCUAUUCAUUCUGGCUGCCUGUCUUCAAAAAAGGAGAUUGGAUCAUUGCUAACAAGCCACUCCUCUCCAUGUUUUGACCAUGACAACAGCAGUUUCCUGGUCAGUUUCAUGGUAGACGCUCGAGGUGGAGCUAUGCGGGGUUGCAGACACAAUGGACUUCGAAUUAUUAUUCCCCCUCGGAAAUGCACUGCUCCAACACGAGUCACCUGCAGGCUGGUCAAGCGCCACAGACUGGCCACAAUGCCCCCCAUGGUGGAAGGAGAAGGUCUAGCUAGCCGUCUGAUUGAAGUUGGACCCUCAGGCGCUCAGUUCCUUGGUAAACUUCACCUGCCUACGGCUCCUCCCCCACUUAAUGAGGGAGAAAGUUUGGUCAGCCGAAUCCUUCAGCUGGGGCCUCCUGGGACCAAAUUUCUUGGGCCUGUGAUUGUCGAGAUCCCUCACUUUGCGGCUCUACGUGGGAAAGAAAGGGAACUGGUGAUCCUGCGCAGUGAGAAUGGAGACAACUGGAAGGAACACUUCUGUGAAUAUACAGAAGAUGAGCUGAAUGAAAUCCUGAAUGGGAUGGAUGAAGUCCUUGACACUCCUGAAGAGCUGGAGAAGAAACGCAUUUGCCGUAUCAUCACUCGGGACUUCCCACAAUACUUUGCAGUAGUAUCCCGUAUCAAACAAGACAGUAACCUCAUUGGACCUGAAGGAGGUGUGCUAAGCAGUACAGUAGUGCCUCAAGUCCAGGCUGUCUUUCCAGAGGGAGCACUAACUAAGCGAAUCCGUGUGGGUCUGCAAGCCCAACCUAUGCACAAUGAACUUAUAAGGAAGAUUUUAGGCAACAAAGCCACAUUCAGCCCUAUAGUUACAUUGGAACCCAGGAGAAGAAAAUUCCAUAAGCCAAUAACAAUGACUAUUCCGGUCCCUAAAGCUUCCAGUGAUGUUAUGAUUAAUGGAUAUGGAGGCGAAACACCCACGCUAAGAUUACUGUGCAGUAUAACAGGUGGAACAACUCCCGCUCAAUGGGAAGACAUUACAGGAACAACGCCGUUAACAUUUGUCAAUGAAUGUGUUUCCUUCACCACAAAUGUAUCUGCCAGGUUUUGGUUGAUAGACUGUAGACAGAUACAAGAAUCUGUUACAUUUGCUUCCCAAGUGUACAGAGAGAUUAUCUGUGUGCCCUACAUGGCCAAAUUUGUAGUGUUUGCCAAAUCUCACGAUCCCAUAGAAGCACGGUUAAGAUGUUUCUGCAUGACAGAUGAUAAAGUGGAUAAAACACUAGAACAACAAGAAAACUUUGCUGAAGUUGCUCGAAGCAGGGAUGUAGAGGUGUUAGAAGGAAAGCCCAUCUAUGUGGACUGCUUUGGAAAUCUAGUACCAUUAACAAAGAGUGGCCAGCAUCAUAUAUUCAGUUUUUAUGCCUUCAAAGAAAAUAGGCUUCCGUUGUUUGUCAAGGUUCGGGACACAACUCAAGAACCCUGUGGACGCCUGUCAUUUAUGAAAGAACCUAAAUCUUCAAGAGGCUUAGUGCAUCAAGCCAUCUGCAAUCUGAAUAUCACGUUACCAGUUUACACAAAGGAAUCAGAAUCAGAUCAAGAACUGGAGGAAGAGAUUGAUAUGACAUCAGAAAAACAUGACGAUGAAACAGAAUCAACUGAAACAUCGAUCCUGAAAAGUCAUCUUGUCAAUGAAGUUCCUGUCCUAGCCAGUCCAGAUUUGCUUUCUGAAGUCUCUGAGAUGAAGCAAGACUUGAUCAAAAUGACUGCCAUCUUGACAACAGACUCUUCUGAAAAGUCAGGGUCCAUUAAGGUGAAAGAUCUUGUGAAAGUUGCUGAUGAAGAACCAGGAGAACCUUUUGAAAUUGUGGAAAGAGUUAAAGAGGAUUUAGAAAAAGUAAAUGAAAUUCUAAGAAGUGGAAGCUGCCCUAGAGAACAGCCAACUGUUAGAAGAUCCAGUUCUGGAGCACAUUUGGUAGAAGAAGAAUGGGUUAUAGUAAGUGAUGAAGAAAUUGAAGAGGCCAAGCAAAAUGUUCCUUUGGAAGGCACAGAGCCUAUUUGUGUAGAAAUCAGAAUAGGCGAAAGAAAAACAGAGGAAGAAAAGAAAGAUAUCGCAGGAAUCGUAAAUUAUCUCAGCAAGGAUCUCAGUGCGUAUGUGUCACUUAACCAAGUGCAACCACAGACUUUUCAAGAAGAUAUAAUAGCUGAGAGGUUUGAAGCAGUUGUUGUAAGCAGAGGUACUGACAAAGUUGGGCAAGACUCGACAUCUGUUGAGAGCCAAGAGAAACAAGAUCAGCGCAAACCUACUUUGGAAAUUAAAAAACCAGUAAGGAAAAAAUUAAAAGAAAAGGAAAAGCCAAAGGGCAAGGAAGCCCAAGGAAAGGAAGAACCUUCAGGGCCAGCAAAGUUUAGCUCCGAGGAGUCUUUAGAUGAAGAGCAAGGGCUAGCCCCUGCAGAGUCUUCCAAAGUAAAUGCGGUGUCUCCUGUAAUAGAAGAAACUCCCAUUGGCUCGAUCAAAGAUAAAGUAAAAGCUCUUCAGAAGCGAGUGGAGGAUGAGCAGAAGGGACGUUCAAAGUUACCUGUCAGGGUCCCAGGAAAAGAUGGUGCCUCUGAAAAGCCUAUUACAAAGCCAACACAAGUUAAAAAAAUUAUUUACAAAACAAAGCCCCCAACUUCUCCUGCUGCCUCAAAAACACCAGCUUCUCCUGCUGCCACAAAAUCUCCUUCUCUUGCUGCCUCAAAGCCUCCAGCUUCUUCUGCCGCUUCAAGACUACCGUCGUCUCCCUCUGCCUCAAAAUCACCAUCUUCUCCCUCUGCCUCAAAAUCGCCAUCUUCUUCUUCUCCCUCAAAACUCUCCUCUUCUCCAGCUGCCAAGAAAGCUGUUUCACCAACAGCUAAGAAACCACCUAUUUCACCCACGUCUAAGAAGCCACUUGUUUCACCCACCACUAAGAAGGCUCCAGUUUCACCUUCUUCCAAAACAGAAAGACUUGAAGAAACUAUGUCUGUUCGUGAACUGAUGAAAGCCUUCCAGUCAGGUCAAGACCCAUCCAAACAUAAAGCUGGACUUUUUGAGCAUAAAUCUAUAAAGCAUAAACAGCAGGCCUCUGACAAAGAGACAGCUAAGAAAGGUGUCACUCAGGUAGAGAGUGAAAAGAAACAGGUAUUGACACAAAAAGAGGCAUACAAAAAAGAUAGUCUGAAGAGCAAAAAAAGCCAGGAACCUCAGGCAGAGGUAGAUUUGCAAUCUAAAAAGGAGGCACAGGGUAUUCCUGACAUAAUUGUGAAAGAAGAUGCAGCCACACAACAGGCAAAACAGCAGAGUGGCACGACUGACAAAAAAAUUUCUCCAGUAGUUGUAGCUGAUAAUGAAAAUACUGUGACUCUGACAUUUGAUGAACAAGGAGAUACUGCACUCCAAAUCAGCCCUGACAGAAAGACUUCAACAGAUUUUUCUGCUGUCAUAAAGGAAGAGCUUGAGGACAAUGACAAAUACCAACAGUUCCGGCAUAUUUCAAUUACUGAGGAAGGUGAGCUUCACUUAGAUCAAGUACUGACCAGUCCAUUCAAUGUUACAUUUCCAUCAGAAUGUGUGAAAGAUGGGUUUUUGCCCACCCUCUCCUUACACAGUGGUGCUUUGGAUGGCAGCUCAGAGAGCCUUAAGCAUGAAGGCAUAGCAGAUUCUCCAAUUGGUAGCCUGCUUGAUGGAACUCCACAGAUCAGCUCUGAGGAAAGUUAUAAGCAUGAGGGCCUGGCAGAAACUCCUGAAACAAGCCCCGAGAGCCUCUCUUUCUCGCCAAAGAAAGCUGAAACUGCUGAUCAGAUGGAAGAAACAGAAUUAUCCAGUGCAGUGCAGAGAACAGCUGAACCACAUUUAUCAACAGCUGAACCACAUUCUCCAACAAAAAUUGAACGGACAGUUGCUGAUGAAGGCUUAAAAGACAUCACAGAGACUUUAGAGUCUGAUUGUCAUCAUUUGUCCAAAGAAUUACAAAUUAUAGCCUCCAAGGAAGAGACAGACACAUGUACAGAUUUUAGCUCAACCUCUAUUAGUAAGCAUACUGUCAGGGAUGAGGUAUCUAUGGCCACUGCAGAAGGACAAUUAACUAAGUUGACUGAAACACAUGACACUUCUUUAGAGAAAGAGAAGGAUUCAGCCAGCGAACUUCAAAUCAUUAGUAGAGGACUGGAGCUUUCACUUUCUAGCCAUGAGUGUGAAGGUCUUAGCCCAGUUGCAGAUGAAUCCAUAGCUAUAAGCCAUAAAGAUUCACUUGAAGCAAGCCCAGUUUUGGAAGAUAAUUCGUCACGCAAAACACCUGAUUCUCUUGAACCUAGUCCUACCAAAGAAUCUCCCUGCCGUGAUUCUUUGGAAAGCAGCCCAGUAGAACAGAAAUCAAAGAUUGGCAUUCUUCCAGGACCUGGUCCCAUUCAGACUGCUCCUGCCAAAGCAGAAAACUUCCCUGAGUUGGCACCUGUGCGAACCAGGCUUUUACGAGACCCUGAUGGAAGUGCUGAAGAUGACAGCUUGGAACAAACAUCACUUAUGGAGAGCUCGGGCAAAAGUCCUCUUUCACCCGAGACUCCUAGCUCUGAGGAAAUUAGUUAUGAAAUCACUCCCAAAUUAGCAGAUUCACAGGCACUGUCCAAUAUAUCCAAGUCAGCUGUCAUCCCUGAAGUCAACGAAGAGCCAGAAUAUGACUCAGAAGGGGAACCAAAGAAAAGGGUCACACCAGAAGAAGAGAUGUUCAAAAUGGUGACCAAAAUUAAAAUGUUUGAUGAGUUGGAACAGGAAGCAAAGCAGAAGAGAGACUAUAAGAAAGAUUCCAAACCAGAUGAUAUUGUUUCAACUUCUGAUCUGGAAACCACUUCAGAAUCUGAAGUUGCGCCUCCAACCACUGAUGAAUAUAAUGAUAUACCUGCCAUGGUGACCUCUGCAGCUGAAUCUAGAAAGACUUCCUCCUCUUCAGAAAGUGAGCCAGAAUUGACAAAACUGAAAAAGGAAGCUGACUCUGGGCUUUUAAUGGAACCUGUAAUUCGAGUGCAGCCUCCUUCACCUCAUCUUUGUAAUAUGGAUUCCAGUUCCAGUCCUGAAGAAACUGAGUUCCAGCCCAUUGAGCCCAAACAACAUACUUCAUUCAGUACUGAGGAGGAGAACACAGAAUCAGAUAAACCUACCGAGGAGGCAAAAAUGUCUGGUGAUACCUCUCUUGCCUCUGACGCUAGCAUUAUAGCCCAGGCUAGUGAAUCAAAGUGCUACAGCACAGAUGAAAGUGAUACAGUUAGCCCAAAUGGCCCUGUAAUGCACCCUGAGGAGGCUUUCUACCAUUCAGUUGGUGAUGAUGCUCAAAAAGUAACUGAUUUGAAUCAGACCUCAGAGGCAUCACAUCACCAGCAUGUUUCGGAAGAAGAUGCAGCAGCUGAGAGGGGACCACACCAAGACCUCCCUGAUAUGGGACCGGGAGGUACAGAGGGUUCUUGCAUACCUGGUACCUCUCAUUGCUGCGCAUCCCAAAAUGAUAAUUUGGCUUCUGAUAUUUCACCUGUACACUCUCCUUCAGAGAGUGAUUUGAUUAGAACUGACAUAGGUUUUGAUAUGGCACAAAGGGAUUUUUUUAGCUCAGAGCACUCAGCAGAAUAUUCAUCUCUAACCACCCAAAAGGGUGAAUGUGACAGUUUUGUUGAAGAUGUUGAUGAAGGGAGUGCUCUGGCUAUAACAAGCCCUUAUGAAAAUGUUCCCUCACAGCAUUUUUUUACUAGCACUGGCAUUUGUACAGGAAUUGAUUCAAAGGUGAUAAAAGACCAGUCGCCUGGAGGUGAUAGUUCUGCUGGACUAGAAACUACCUUCACUUGUGAAAAAAGAAUAACAGGCUCCCUUCAUAGACCAGCAUCAGCAGGUUCUGAGAGUUACACUUCAGAAGAAGUCUAUAUGGAGAUUGAAUCCAAGCACAUGGACACCUUUCAGAAACAAUCAACUCCAAUGCCUUCAACAACAGACCCCGCAUCACUUGAUGAAGCUGCUUUACAAAAUAUCAGGGAUGAAGCUGAGAAAAUAAUCAGCCAAGUAAUCAUAACCAGGACAGAUGUGGAUUCUGAUCAAUGGAGUGAAAUACGUGAAGAUGAUGAUGCUUUUGAGGCUCGGGUGAAAGAAGAAGAACAAAAGAUAUUUGGCUUAAUGGUAGACCGAAGGUCACAAGGUACCACACCUGAUACCACACCAGCCAGGACUCCUACAGAAGAAGGGACACCCACCAGUGAACCAAAUCCCUUCCUUUUCCAAGAAGGUAAAUUGUUUGAAAUGACAAGGAGUGGUGCUAUUGACAUGACCAAGAGGAAUUAUUCUGAUGAAAACUUGCACUUUUUCCAAAUGGGAGAGCAGUCUCAGGAAGAGGUGUCAUUAUCUGAAGAAAUGAGAGAAGCUGAAGGCCUGGAAUCUCCCCAGUCAGAGCUAACCCAGACUCCAUUUGCAUCUUCUGAAUUUGAUGAAGCUAACGCAUCUGUAAAAGAUUCUCUCAUAUCUGUAUUAGAAGAUGACACCAGCAGUUCUCAUAGCACAAAGGGGGAUAUUAAAUCCAGAAUUCCUAUUAAAAUGGGUAUUUCUGCCUCUUCAAAGUCACCAAGGAAAGAAACUGCUGCCUCUGAUGCUGAUGUCUUCUCUGGAGUUGAUGCUGGUGACAUGUUUGACAGCUCUCAGGUGCCUUUCCCCACCUCUCCUGAGCAGACUGUAAUUGAUGUACAGUUAGAUUUUUCAACAGUCACACGGUCAGUAUAUUCCGAGCAGGAAGAUGAUUCUCCAGACUCCUCACCAGAGGAGCAGAAAUCAGUGAUUGAAAUCCCUACUGCUCUCAUGGAAAGCAUGCCUCCUUCUGAAAGCAAAUCCAAAAUUCCUGUAAGAACCACUCACCAUUCAGAAGUUGAGAGCCUCCCUUCAGUUGACUUUGUAGGCAACCUAGAAGAAUCACAAGAUGAUGAAUCCAAACCAAAGUCAAAAAUCCCAGUCAAAGCAAUUUUCCAAAGAGUUGAGCAAGAAUAUAUGUACACAGAGACAUCAGUCUGGAAGCCAGAGUCCCCUAAAGCUCAUGACAUAACAUGCAAACAUCCUAUGAAACAAGAUAGCAGGAGCAAAUCUGAAUCAGACGCAAGUGCCUCUAUGGACUCAAAGGCUAAGCGUUCAGUCAAAGCUAGAAGCUAUGCUGAGGCAGAAGCAGAGACCAGAGAGAGGGUGGGUGAGAUGAAGCUUGAGCUAGAAUCAGAUGAGCUGACGACUGCCCAACCAAAGAUAUUUUCUUCACGAUUGCCUAUUAAGAGCAGAAGCACCUCAGCUUCCCACAGUGGUCUUAGCCCCUCAAAAGAAAGUAAGGAACAUUUUUUUGAACUUUACAAAAACUCCAUAGAAUUCUUUGAAGAGAUUAGUGAUGAAGCUUCCAAGUUAGUGGAUAGACUUAUACAAUCAGAGAGAGAACAAGAAUUAGUUUCAGAUGAUGAAAGUAGUAGCGCCCUAGAAGUUUCGGUUAUUGAAAAUGUGCCAUCCAUUGAGACCCAGCAGUCAGUUGCCGAGGACAUCUUUGACACCAGGCCCAUUUGGGAUGAGUCCAUUGAGACUCUGAUUGAGCGUAUUCCUGAUGAAAAUGUCCCUGAUCAUGUUGAAGAUCAACUGGAUGAUCAAGAGAGAACAGAGGAAAGACUAGCACAUAUUGCUGAUCAUCUUGGAUUCAGCUGGACAGAGCUAGCAAGAGAACUGGAUUUCACAGAAGAACAAAUUCAUCAGAUCCGAAUUGAGAAUCCUAAUUCACUGCAGGACCAGAGCCAUGCACUGUUGAAAUACUGGUUGGAAAGGGAUGGGAAACACGCUACCGAUUCAAGCCUAACAGAGUGUCUUACAAAAAUUAACCGCAUGGAUAUUGUUCACCUAAUGGAGAGUAGCAUGGAAACUUCCCAGGACCAUGGUGGCACCUGUGCAGAAAUCGAACAGACAAUAGGACUGGAUCACAGUGAAGGGUUUUCUGCACUCCGUGAAGAUCUGUAUAGCACAAAAGAUCAAAAAGAAGAGGAGCGUUCUCUUUCUAAAGAUAGUGAGCAAUCUGAUCAGCCUCCUCUUGUGUCUGAAGAAGACAUUUCUGUCAGCUAUUCCUCCUUGCACGAAGGCACACCCAGGACUGAGGCAGAAGUACCUGUUGCAGAACUCCUACGACAAGCACACAGAGAUCGAGCAGAAGCUGAAUUCUCAGGGAAACCUCGUGAGCUGCCAGAAGAUUCAUUCGCUGCACAGGAAUACUUUGUUACAACGUCAGAUAAGGAUCAGACACAAGCAUCAACGGGUGGAAGAGCAGGAAGUGUUGCCAGUGAAAAGUCUGAAUGCUCUACUGCAGGGUCUGAGGAUCAUGAAAGGCCAUACCUUCAAACCCCAACAUCUAGCGAAAGGACUGAUUCACCCAUUGUGCAGGAACCUGCGGACCAUCACUUCCAUCAGGAAGAUCCACAUCCUAGAAAAACUAGCCUGGUGAUUGUGGAAUCAACUGAUGAACACCCAGAACAAUUAGAAAGAUAUGAAGAAGAAUUACUGGAAAAGGCUGAUGACAUGCCUGAAAUGCCUCCAGAAGCCGUAACGGAGGAGCAGUAUACAGAUGAACAUGGUCAUAUUGUAGUGAAAAAGGUCACUAGAAAAAUCAUUAGGCGAUUCGUUUUACCAGAUGGCACAGAAAAGGAAGAAGUUGUCAUGCAAGGAGCACCCCAGGAGCCUGUUACAGUGGAAGAGGGAGAUGAAUACUCCAAAGUCAUAAAACGGGUUGUGCUGAAAAGUGACAGUGAGCAAUCUGAGGUGACUUUUUCUGAGCCAAGUGUUCUGCUUAGCACCUCAGAAUUUCAGUCUGAGCCAGUGGAAGGCCGGAAAGUCAGCAAAGUUGUGAAGACCACAUUAGUGCACGGAGAAAGACUGGAGAAGCACCAUGGAGACUCUAGCUUAGCUGCUGAUCUUCCCUCAGCCAAAGAUGACUUUGAAGCGGCCCUGAGUUAUACAGGUAACAAAAUGAAAAUUGAAGUUCCUCCAUUAGUAGAGAAUGAGGUCACAAAAGAGGAUGGCUCAGUUAUUAAAAGGACAACAAUGAGUAAAGCCAGUACACAGAAGAGGACUGUGGUUAAGGACCAGUCUGGAAAACGUGUUCACGUGGAGCUGCUGGAGGAGGCACCAGAAGCACUACCCCGGGACGACCUCCAGCAUGACCUCCAGCAACUGCUAAGACAUUUCUGCAAAGAGGAGUGGAAGCAAGAGGCCAAAUGAGAUGCUGCUACGUCUCACUCACAGACCAACACACAUAUCCAUUCAAUAUCCACCGUCCACUUCUUUCUUUCACCGUAGAUGUCAUUAAAAUGUAAUCACCAGAAGACACUGACAUUUCUACUUAGGGCAUAUAGAGUUGAGUAGAUUUUUUUUCUUCCCUCCCCCUUUUUUUCCUUUUUUAAAUAUCUGUAAGCUAAUUUGUGACCAAAGAUAGCAUCCUUUGCUAGGGAUGGUUUGUCUACUAAAAGUCGUCGACUUUGUGCUGUACUGGAAACUUUAUCAUCCUGCCAUCUUUGUUGUUCCUUUGCUUCUGCACCAGAUCCAUAAAAAAAACAGCUUCUUCCACAGUCCUCUUCAACUGACAAUGUACAUGAUUUUUUAAAAAAGGGAUAUUAAUAUUACCCUGUAAAUAGCUGAAGUGCUUGGACUGGUGAGACUGAAAGAAAACACUGCCUAUCGUGACUUCUUUUAGCAGCGUGGACUGCAAGGUCUGAUGAAACUGCUGAAGAGAAAUGGAUGUAUUAUUGCUAUAACACAAUCCGGUGAGUAUAGGAUAUGAAUCUACCAAGAAGGAAGCAUGUCAGGCCUACUGUGUCCCUCGGACCUCCAACAAUGAUCUGCCAUAGUUAAAAGUUCCUACGAGUCAGGCUGAAAUGUCGAACUCCAGCUUCCAUUAAAGAUGGCUGCACUGUGGCCAUCACCCCGUUUCUGAUUCCUGGAAAGCCACCUAAAGAUUUCUUGAAGAAAAAUCAAUACCCACUUAGAUAUAACUUGCUAGCAGCUAUAUCUGUGGCACAUUUGCAUAUUAUAGUCAAGUAUUUUAGAUUGGGAUUAUGAGGCAGGGUGUAUUAAACAGUUCUAACUACUGUAGUUUCCUGUUUUCAUCACUGCUUUAGCAAACCACACCGUCUUACUGCUGGUACUUUCUGCUGGCCACUGCACUGUAGAUAAAUUAAGAAGGGGGACAAAACCCUCACCACUUGUCAGGAAAGGUUACUCUAAAUUUAUCACACUCUAUCAAGAUUGCCUUUUACCUGGUACGUGCAUGUGGCAUUGAAAAAUAGAAACACAACCCUCUUGUAAUCAUGUCAACAGCUUUCCUCUCAUCCCUCUUAGCACUGAGCGAGCAGAAUUUAGCCUUCCAUUUGAGAGUUUUGAGGCUUUCCCUCCCUUUCCAUUAAAGGAUAUCGAUCCAUUGGGCAUUUUGACAUUUGUUGCUAUUCUUAUUUAUGUUUUUUGACUAACUUUUGAGACUCAUCAUGUAAAUGUCUGCACUUUGAUUUUCCAAGAAGGGCACCUGCGACUCUGGAAUAAUUCUGUGGUCUGUUCCUAUAGUGGUCUGAAGCUCUGUAGCAUUUUAACAUAUAUAUGUAAUUAUAUAUAUUAUAUAUAUAUACAUAUAAAAACGAUAUACAUUUUGAGUCAGCUAUUUGAUAAAGACAAAGUAUAUUCAACAAAGACGAGUCAUGUCCUCCAGGGCUGAUAUUUUUCAAAACCUAGCCAGUCUUUCCUUCUUGUAAAAAUAUAACUCACUCAGUGCUCAGAAUACUGAACAUAAAUGUUACAAAUGGCACCUCCUCAUUAAAAUUACCUAUGCCAACAAAAAAAUAAACAUUUUUAGGAGGUUUGGUUUCCUGCUAAGAAAGCUACACAAAGUGCCGUGCUAUUUUUCUUUUCUGGCUGGCAAGCAGGAAGCAAGCCAUUGCGACUGCCAAAAAGGAAGGAGACUCAUUUCAGGACACACAGUAGCUCAUUUCUCAUUGUCAAGAACAUCACUGGUUGACCUUCAAGAAUGGGGCUCUAAAAGAAACGCAUUUCUGUUGUGUUAUUUGCAGUGCAGAUGAUGUUCUGUGUAACAGCAUAAUGGCUAUUCUCCUUUUUCAGUUUUGAUUUUUUUUUUUGCCGUGUUAUCAGAGAACUUGAAUACUGUGAGAAGAAGUGAUUUUAAGUUGAUGAAUCAGCAUCUUGUUCCCAUGGUGAUAACACUAACUGAAUAUAUCUAUGAGGGCAUGUAUUAGUUAAAAGAUUUUAAAAAACCAAGAACACUAACAAUACAUAGCUGCAAUGUGUACAAUGGCUGAUUUAAUUAAAUAAAAAUGUA